GACCCUUCCCGCUGCUGCGGAUCAGCGACGACAUGAGCAUUCGCGACGACCUCGACGAGCAAGGGAUCUCCGACGCUGGCGCCGACGCCAACCUCAGUGAACGGCACUUGCAGGCACCAGCGCCGCCACCUACGACGCUGCAGCCUUCGUCAAGUUUUUCGAGUGACUGCCUGCCAGCCUCCAUGGACCUGGAGGGUGAGACCACUCUGACGCAGCAGGCCGCCGCUCUCAAUAUCGAAGCCCCGCCUGGCCUGCCCCGCGCUGCGCGACGAGACACGCUGCAAACCCCCACAGCAGCCAUGGACGCCGAUGCUCAGCCCCCGCCUCGCACGACCAUCACCGACUCCGAGUUGCAGGACUUCUUCGAGCAAGAGGCCCUCCGGUACUUCGCACUCGUUCGUGCCAGCAGCCUCACCCAGCCCGACGACGUACGGCGCACCACCAUCGAGUUCCCUAGCAACUGGGAGCGUCUCGAGCACAUCCUGCAUCGACUCGCUUACCGUCCAGAAUCCGCAGACCCUUGGACUGUGCUCGGCCUCGGCCCCCUCGAUGGCCCGGAACCCGAGGAGGUGGACAUCUGCGCCCUCACGCGGGCGGCUCGCACGCUGUGUUCUCUCGCGCGAGACACGGCGUGGGAAGAGGGCGACCUUCGCAAGGCCCAGGCCGUCGAUGCAACCUUCGUCGCUGCUGGUGCCAAGUGCGAGGAGCUGCUCGCAGAGCUGGGCACGAACGCGCUUGCGGCCGUCUCGUCCCAUCUCGCCCCUGGCUACACACACUUCGUCACGCAGUGGUCGCAGCUCUUGGAUGCUACCGCCGACCACUCGCAGACCAUCCAGUCCCGCCGGCAGCGCAGCGCUCUGUUGGAGCAGGGCGACGAGCAGGCCCUGCGGCUGCUUGCAGGUCAGAGGGUCCUCGCCUGGACACCUGAGAGCAAAGAUGCCCUAGGCAGGAUCCACGCGCAGCUUCUUCGGUCCGAGCCCGACUGUGCACCAGGGGCCCUCUACCUCUUGGUGGAGGAGUACAACUCCUUCAUCGUGGACGCGCACACGGACCACGUCCCCGAGAUCAUGCGAAAACUCGCCGACCCGCGCUACGCUGGCAUCUUGGCGAGGCACCCGACGCGCAGCCCGAGCAGCACCGACGCCAGGAGCCGAGUUCGUUUGGAGCUCAUCUUCACUGAACGUCUCUCCGACAUGGCCAUGAAAAUGCGCAUGCGGGACAUCAAGCGCCGCGUCCUGACGAUCGACAGCUACAUUGGCCUGAAGUCCUUAUACACAGACCCGAACGCGCUCAUUCUUGAAUGCUUCUCCCCGCUGGCCGUGGCAAUGGUCAGCUCGCUCUGCUCGCAGCUGAUCUUCCUUACCAGCGAUAGGGUCCUGCUCCUCACGGAGGCCUCGACGGAAACGUGGACGCAGUUGCUGAACGACGCGGCGAAAGAGGACGAGGCGCUCACAAUUACGCGCCUCCGCUGGAAGGCUAGCAAGUAUGGGGGACGACGCAAUUACGUCUCCACGCACAUCGCUUCGAAGGAUACUGCGCUCAGCAUCCUCGGCGGCGACGUGAAUUUCGUGGCCGACGAGAAGGAUAGGAUCAAUUUGACUCGCAUGAUUCCGUCUGAAGCCCGCGACUCUCACGAGGAGGCCCGCUGGGACGCUCUGGUUGCACGGCCGCACGGGCUCCACGAACUUUACCAGCCCAACAUGACGUACGCAUCGCCCAACGCACGCUCUCGACUCGACAGGCUGUACUGCAAUCAGGAGCACACGCACUAUCUGGACUACAACAUGUCUUGCGCGGCCCUGCAGUGGUGCCCCAAGGAGCUAUCCCGCCACAGGGCAGUCAGUUUCCGCCGCGCGUGGCCGUGCCGCGACGCAGCAUUCUUGCAGCCGCUCGCCGACCACGUCGUCGACCACCCCGACUGGCCAUCUAAGGUGGCUUUAGCUUUGGGGGAGCUGCUCGACCAGGAUCCCGAUGCAUCUGCUUUGAAUUUGAAAAAGGUGCCGUUGCUCAAGGAGGCAAUGCGGUCUGCUGCCACCCACCUGGAUAUGCACGCGCCCAAUGUCACAGGCAC